AUGGGAUUGCCUCUCACUUCAUCUAUAUCCUCAUCCGAGGAUACAGACUUCCAAGCAGGCUCAAAACCUCUCCAAGGAAGCCAAGCAGAUCAUUCGACGUAUCCUUCUCUCGAUGUUUGUAUGAAAAAUCAGCAGCAGCCUAGAUCUGCAUCUUCCAGCUCGUCGAUCAAAGGUGCAAGCUCUUCCGCGGAAUGUGCUAGCGUUCUCGUUGAAGAGUCUGAGUGCGAGAUGAAAGCAGUGAUACCAUGGAACUUUCGUGAGCUCCUGUCUCCUAUUCGACUGACUUUACCCCAGGACCACGGACAGCUAGCGCUUGUCAUGCAACAAUCGACAACAUUGCAAGUGCUACUUCCGAAUAACAUCGCACUUUCUGUCUCGAUGGUGCUGAACGAGCAGACUGAAAUCCAGCACAUUAUCCAUGCUAUCUUCAUCGAAAGUCAAAAGUCUGCGUCUCACAGCUUGACGAUACAGUCUGAUAGGGAGAUCGACUGGAAGAGCAGUUGGCUUGAGAGUGUAACCGGAGAGCCCUUGAUCAAAGAGCAUUUGAUUAAGAUGAAGAAUCAACCUUCCGCGACGGUUGUGCUCCAAGAUGGUCAGCCGAACUCCGUGCACUCUCACGAGCAUUUGUGGGACUUGACACCGCAACCACAAAUGCUGGGACGAUUGCCUCAGGGAUACAGUCUGCUCACAGCCCUUGCAGACGAGGUGGAUAAUGCACUCCAAGCUGUCUGGGAAACUACUGGUCACAAGAGACUGAUCAGUGUGGAUUUGGCUCCAGAUUGCAUAACCAUCUUUGACUCUGGACCAGGAAUGGAUUCUACUAUGGAUAACUCAAUAGAGUUCUGGGGAACUUUGGGAAGGACCAAACACAGGGCAAAAAAUAUAGAAGCAAUAGGAGGACACCCUCCUUUUCUGAAGCCAUAUUUGGGAAAAUAUGGUGCCGGAGGAGUAGCGGCUGCUUUGCACUUAGGAGGAUGUGUAAAAGUCUCAUCCAAGACGUUGGCCUCCAAGAGGGUUGUAACGCUUGUCUUAGACCUGCAAGGCCUUGAAGAAAGAAGUAACAGUAGCGAAAACUUGUGGAAGACUCGAGGAUCCUUGAGAGAAAUGACACAAGAAGAACGUGAAAAAUCUCCUCAUGGAUCUUUCACAAAGGUGGAGAUAACCCGGUUGAAAGAACAGUACUGCAUAAGCAAGCAAGCGGAUGGCAGAAACUACUGGAAAGUUGCACAGCUGAAGCGUCAAUUGAAAGACAUAUACUUUCUCUACAUACAGAGUGAUGAUGGUGUCUCAUCUAAAGUGACAUGUCCCGUGAAUUUUCGGGUCAACAAUCAAGAUUUGCUCGAGGUAACUGACUGCGAGAUCAGCAUUGUCAACAUGCACACCUGUAACGGGGAGCCUUUUGUUUGCGAUAUGGAGUUCACAAAGCCUGUUGAGGGUUCUCACAAUCGGGAUAUCAACGUCGAAAGGGCUCAUAUCCGAAUCAAGUGCGACUAUUUUCCAAACAUCAGAGGAAGAGAGAUGCUGCAAGAAGUAAUAGACAAGCUCAGGGAACUUGACAAGGAUUAUCAAUACAAUUUCGAUACCAUGCCCAGAGUCGGUGUGAGAUGGCUUGGAAGGUUGCUUCCUGACGCUAAAUGGCCAAAUCUCCCCUUCAUGGAUGUUGCUCUUGCCCACAAGAAGCAGGGAGAAGUUCAUCGCAUCUGGACAAAGAGAGUGAAGGCGUUUGUUGACACGGAUGCUGGUUUCCAUCCGACACAGAGCAAGACGGAUUUAGAGAAAGACCAUCCAUUCACAACUGCCCUGAGGACAUUGGGAGGCUCCCAUGAUGGCAUAUCAGCUGAAGGAGUGAAAAUCCGAAUUAGAUAUAUGGACAAGCUUCUCCCAUUGGAGGAAUUAUCAAAAGUGUACAUGAGGUGGCUUCAAAAAAUGCAUGAAGAAUUUGAUCAAGAAGUUACCUUUCUGGAUCCUCCGACAUUCAUUUUUCACCAGGAAAGCCUCAAAGAGCUGAAAGUAAAUAAGCCAGUGGCUAUCCUCCACAAGAAGAUAAAGCUCAACGAAUUAUACACAUGGGAGAUUAACGACGAAAAUCCUAUACGGCUAAAGCUUGGUAGAGGCUGCUUAGGAACCAAAGGUGCAGUUUGGGUCACACUGGAGUUCUUUUACUGUGCCGGCACAGAUGACGAAAGAGGCGAAGUGAACAUGAUUUGUAGACCCAUUGAAGCAGCAGAUGAAGAUGGGAGUAAGCUGGAAUAUUCGGAAGGACAGUUGACUUUUCGUCUGAACAAGUCCUUGUGCUUUCCGUUCUUGACCCUCUUGUCUGAAAAGUGCCACAAAGUUGAUGAAAGUGAAUGGAGUAAUCAAGUCAAGAGAUACGGAGGAACCUCACCUUCUUUUGUUGAGGUUUUAAGUCAAGAAGACUCUGAGCGCUUUGGUCUUCAGUUCGCUCUACCAAGAAGCGGCACAACAGUAAGAGCGGGUUACGGCCUUCCAGAGGAUUUGCUGGUGGUUGUUCGUCCCCGGAAAGGCCAUGGUCCUUCCUUCAAAAAGGGGAGGAUAAUUUCUGAGCCUAUGAAGGUUUCAAUGAAGGUAAUGUUCAAGUCUCAGGAUGGUGGAUCGCUGACGAGAAGGAAAAUCAAGGCGGAGGAUGAAACUGAACAGCUGGAACUGCUACACGAAACAACUUCUCAAUGUAUUAUUCACCCAAGCGGGGUCAAAGGACUCUACAGCUUCAGUACCAAAGGCACAAACUUUAGCACAUUGACGCGAAGAGGGGAAUACACCUUCCAAUUCGAACUGAUAAGUGACGAUUAUAGGUUUGUGCAACCAGCAAUACGUACUCUUAUUGUCGAAGCAGCUGACGGGAAAUCAGACUGGACGAUUUUCACAUGUGACACACAAGAUAGCUUGACCAUCAGGCUAGACGAAAAACUCAAGUACCCUUUGUUUAUCGAGAGACGUGACGAGUUUGGCAACACUAUGCCGCUUGGGGAUCUGAAAGAAGUCACACUGGUUACAGUUGGCAAGGACGGUCAGUGGCUUGGAAUGUCCACCACCGUAACCUUAACGGAUCCAGAGAUGCAACUGAACUCAAAGCGAGACACACUUCUUCUGGAGGACAUCCAAUUCGACAAAGGGAAUUUGGCAUCAAUUCAACCACAUCGCGAGGGACUUCUACAGCUCCACAGUGAGGGCAAGAAACUUGCAGAAACCUCCUGCUCUGUUUUUCCGGGAGACAUUGCACUGGUCGAAUUAAAAUCAGACACUACGCUUGCCUUGAAGAGCUUUUAUCCCGAAGAGAUUAUCCAGCAAUUGACAAUACAGGCCCGAGACAAGUUCGGGAACCAAGCAGCACAAGGUCAGAAACUGAAAGUCGUCUUGGAUGGACUGAGUUUCUUCAACGAAUCUUCCUUGUGGGAGGUCGAUGAAACUGGUCAGCUGCAGUUGGGAGGAUUGCUGAAAAUCACCGGCCCUUUCAGCACAACAGGUUCUAUCAAAUUCGUAUCAGAAUCUAACGUUGAUCUUCUCGAGGUUCCAGUCAAAGUCGUCGACAGGUUUCUGCAAAAACUUGGAGAGCUACCAAGCGAGGCAUGGUGUGGGAUGCAACUUGCGGGAGUUGACGUGGAGAUCGUCGACGAAAGAGGAGAACGCGAUACUUCAGUUGAUGCCGCGAAACCAGACAGCGUUGAACUGGAAGUGAGCUGGAUCCCCAACGCAGCAUUCAAGUUCACCGAAGGCGUGUGUACACUACCCACAAUACAGCUUCCACGCACUCCUGGAGUCUGGGCUGGUACCUGUUACAUCUCCAACAGGCAUCAAAUUAGUCUGGGCUUUGAGGUGGAAGUCAGAAUGGCCGAUGCAAAUAUUUUAGCCCAUGCCACCUCUGGUCCUGAAGUCAUCGAGACCAAGAGCGGAGAGCCCUUCAGACUACGUUUCAGAGCGCUGGUUGACACAUUAGGUGAACCUGGUGUCUUGACGGAUGAGCUGCAAUCAGGACUUGUUUUGAGCGUAGCUUGUGAACGACCCAGAGCUCUACAUCCUGACAAAGUCUUCUGGGACUUCGUUCUUCUGAAAGUAGAGGAAGGAGUGUACGAAGCUGUCGUCAGUUUGUCCCGGACAACUGGGACUUACUUCCUUGAAUUGACGCAUCUGGAAUCGAAGAUGAUCGGCAUGGUUCGCUGGAAAAUUCUGCUCCGUCAUGGCAAGCUGACCGAGCUUCUGCCACUAGCGAGGGAUGUCAGAGGCAUCAUGCCCAAGCAGAGCAGAGCCCCUCUCUCCUCAUGUCAAGUAGCUGUAGGAGACUUAUUGCCAGCUCUGGAGAUACUGUUGUUGGACUCUGAGAAAAACUUCUGCACUCGCUACGAUGGCAGAGCUCUCGAACUCCAAUGCAGGAAGUGUCCCCAGUGGAAGGUUCUGAGUGCGGAAAUUGCAAACGGUGCAGCUGAGUUCGAGAGUUUGGUCAUGUAUUUAGAUAAAGGAGAGUAUGAAUUGUACGCUGAACUGGAUGACCCGGAAGUCUCGUGCGGCUGUUCAAUAGACCUGCGAGUCAUACAUGGCAACUAUCCUUCACAAAUCAAGGUGGACACAGAGACUGCCACAGAAAUAUGUCUGUCGGGCGAAACACAGCAGUUUUUACCCGAACUGGUCAUCACCUUAGAUUCCGCAGACGGCCGGAGGCUCAAGAACAAGGUGCAGGUUAGAGCAUCCCUCAGGAACACAGAGUGUGCCGAAUCAACACCACUUCUGACGCUUCCCGAUUCCGAGAGUGGGAUGGCUUCAUCGGUGAGCAACAAUGAGCUCGUGCUUUACGAUGAGACUGCAAAUAAGAGAAAAAGGCACUGUGGCGAUUCGAAGUACGUCUUCGAUCAGCUGCCAGUUCCUCGUAGAGCUGGAAACUAUCGCCUCAAGAUUCAUCUGCCUGAGUUUCCAGUCGAUCCCAUCUGGAGACUCAUCUCCGUGAAGCAUGGUCCACCUCAUAGACUUGAAAUCUGUCACGCCACGAUAGGCGAGGAGUUGCAGCAACUGGAAGUCAAGCUAGUGGAUGCCCACGACAACAUCUGCUCUGAAAGCUUUGGAGAGCUCCGCUUGAGCUUCACCAUCGACACGAGCGCACUGUUUCCCAGCGAAGGCAUCAGUCAACCUUGUCCGCUGCUGAGUAAAUCGACCGCAGAACUCAUCGCCGGUGUUUGCAAAUUCGACAAGUUGGAGUUCGGCUCUGGACUCGAGGGAAUGUAUCAGAUGCACUUGUUCUAUGAAGGCCCUGCUGAGCUUCCGGUCAAGUCGGAAGCAGUACGAGUUCUCAUCACCAGCGGCAAAAUCGUUCAAUCCGUUUUGGAUCGCUUGAACAACUUACAGUCGCUAACGCAGGAUCUGAAAGCAAUGACGCACGAGAUAUCUCGCCUAUGUCAAGAGCUUGAAACUGAAAAGAAUCGUCUGGAGAUACUGGACAGGAAGAUUGACUUGUUCGAAGAAAACAUAAAACAGCUGAGGGAGGAGCUAGAUGUAUUCGACGCGUGUUACGAACAAAAUAAAGAGAUGUUGGAAGCAGAGAAGGAGAGAGACAAACUGUUACAGACUCGCGAGGACGUGCACGAGGCAAUUAAGAAGCUCCCGGGCCCAGAUUCAUCUCCUCUAGACUUUUGUGAGAAAUUUGGCAGGGGCCUUGCAGCCAAGUCCAAUGCACUUCUUGACUUGGUUGUCAUGUUAGCUGGAGUGGAGGAUGAGCGGCUGAACAGGAUUCUUUCUGUGUACCUGGGUCGCAGUAGCUUGUUACUGAUCGCAUGCGAGACUCGUGAACAGCUGCGGCAAUCAUACGCGUCUAAGCUUUGGAAUGGACGAUGUGAAGUCAUCUGCCUAGAAGAACUCAGUGAGUGUACUGUGCCAACAGAUGUCGAGCACCCGCAGAAACUCCUCUGCCUUCCUGAGCCUGUGGGCAGGAAUGGCCAGGUCCCGAGGGGCUUUCUGGGCUUUGCAGUGAACUUGAUUCACCUCCAGCCAGAGCACAUGCACACGAGAAGAACGCUGUUUUUCCACCUCCUGGGCGAGUGUCAUGUUUACGACUCGGAGGAGAAUAUGAACCAAGCCCUCAAUGAUCUGCCGUGCCCACCGGGAGCCAUGUCUUUGGAUGGAGCUUUCGUCAAAGAUCGUCUCCGGCACCCUCUCGGCCGAGGGUGUCCCACAAUAUGCUUCCCUGCUGUGCCGUUCGAGGAGAGAUCGCAGUGCAGCUUGCUACCACCAGCUUGUGAGGCCUUCAAGAGCCUGAAGAGGCGGAACGAUGUUGGCGAGCAGAUUCAACAGAAAAUGAGUGCGAUUCGUGGCUGUGAGCAGGAGAAGACUGACAGCAGCUCGAAGAUCCAACGAAUGGAACAGGCGCUGACUAUUCAGAAGCAAAAUGAACAGCGCUUGCAAGAUAUGAUGUCACAUCUGGUCAAAGAAGUCGAGACCGUAAAAUCUGUAGCUGAACUUAUAGACUCGAGAUCACUGGACAGUGGUGAGCAAAGAUUGCGUAUUUUUCUCGUGUACCGCUGAUCUUUCUCUUUCCUGGUACCACCAACAAAAUGUGCGCAUCACCUCAUCACUUCCGCUUACUCGCAUUCAGAAUUUCAGUCCCUGUUAGCGCUCAGGCAGAGAAUCAGAUCCUACAGAUACCCGUAUACAGUAUUGGUGUAUGCAAUCGAUCCAUAAGACUGGAAACUAUCUAUCAAUGCACUUGGCUAUCCAUCGUGUUAUAAGUGUAUUGGAAUAGUGAAACGAUGAAAAUUUCAAGGGAUGCCAUUUCAUUUCUUGACCUCUCAAGAUUACACUCAGUUCUCCAACUAUCAAUAGAACCACUGAAUUGGACUCGACCAAUCCAACCGAGAGAUCUAUUCGGCGAAAAGUAAUGGAACCAGAGUAGUAACUUUCCUAAUCACUAGAACGAGUAGUUUUAAUGGAUCUUUCUUCAAAAUGACAUCAUUGUUCACAAACAUAGAUUCCACGAAGUGUCUACGAAGAUAUCUGUCUAACAUGGACCCUGGGGGCUAUGGGGGCUAUGUAGCCCCAGUCCUUCAUAGUCAGCAGUCCCAGUUAUGGGCUACGGAUUCUUCUUCAAAUAUAUGUAAGCACUAGGAAUGACUGACAGACAUGGAUAGUGGCCUCUCGGGCCCAGAGGGCCGGAUUGGCCGUUUCUCUGUCGCUCCCUCUCGGCUGACCCUUGUAACGGCGGGUCGUACCCCCGCAUCGGUUGUUGCGUGCCCGAGCCCCCGUGGAGGGGUUUGUUUCUUCAAGAGAUCCGAAAAUAGGUAAUUGAGUAAUGCACAAAAUUUUAUUAGAUUCAGUCCAUAUGAGAAAUAAUGUAUUGUACAAGGCGAUAGUUUAUUUCC